AUGACUUGGGAAGUCUUUCAGGGGCUCUUUUAUGAGAAGUAUUUCCCAAGGACCGCAAUGAGGGAAAUGAGAAAGAAGUUUGAUGGCCUAUACCAAGGGAGUAUGAGUGUCAUGGAGUAUAAGAAUAAGUUUACGUCUCUUUCUCGCUAUGUACCGGACUUGGUACAGAUCGAUGAGGACAGGGCCUUGAAGUUUCAGGAUGGCUUACACCUUGACAUUAGGCCCCGUGUUUCAGUCUUGGAUUUGAGGGUCUAUUCUGAAGUGGUGAGGCGGGCAUUGCUUGUGGAGGCAGAGGACAGGGACUCACAGCGGAUGAAGGAGUCCAAGAAGCAUUUCAGGGGUGAGGUUUCAUCUUCAGGGAGUCAAUUGAAGAAGUUUAGAGGAGGAGGGGGCAGUUUAUACUCACAGGGGUCUCGUUGUGGUCAGACGGGACAUUUUAAGAGGGAGUGCCCACAGAGGGGGAGUGGAUCACGUGGUGGUAUGGGAUCACAGUACAAGCAGUCACAGUCAUCCGUUAUCCAGUCUGGAUCCAGAGUUCCACAGACACUACAGCCUGCAGCUUCAGCGGGUACUUCAGUGGGACCUUCAGUUGUUCGAGGUGUAUCAUAUUCAUUCAUUUCAUCAUCAUUUGCAUAUUCAUUGGGGUUGGAGAUCACGUCCUUGGAUGGGGUUCUUUGUGUUGACACACCGGUUGGGGGACCAGUUACGUUGGAUAGGAUUUGUCGGGGUUAUGCUAUUGAGAUAGCCGGGCGGACAUUGUGGUUCGACUUUAUUCCUCUUAAGAUGAUGGGUUUUGACAUCAUUCUUGGGAUAGAUUGGUUGUCCUUUUUUCGAGCCACCAUUGAUUGCUUUCGAGGGAGGGUGACCGUAUGUACUCCUAAUGGAGAUUGGUUUUGUUUUAUGGGAGAUCGGAGUGAUUCACACACUUUGACCGUUUAUGGUCACCACAGGUUGUACUUGGCUAGCCUUUUAGCCGAGGAAGAGUGA